AUGCACGUGCAGAUUCUUCCAUUAGACGUACGAAAACGGACAAUGGAGAACAACGACAGUAAUCACACCAGUUACUACCAAAGUGUAACAUCGAAGAGCAACACCAUUAACAUUUUUUAUGAAGACAUAAAGCAGAAGAAAAAUGAAAAGCUAAAAUCUCAUGAGUGGAAAAAUGAGAAACAUAUAAGUGAAAAAAGGUCGAAAAAAGGAUACCAUUCGAAUCUUGCUUUUUUUCACCAUAAAAGGAAAAAUCUUGGUGAAAAAGAAAAUAGGCAGUUUAUAGAAAAUGAUAAGAUUGGUAACAGCUACCCCCAACGGGACUUAAAAAAAAAAAGUAACAAUCCGCAACAGAGUGGAAAAGGUAAUGCUAAUGUGGAUAAGUCGAAGGAGAGCUUGCUCAUAGGUGCAUCUGCGGGGGGCACUAACACAGACGGGAAGAACAAAUUAGGGCAGCAUGUGAGAAGCUCUAAUGGAAAUAGUGGGCCCUCUAAACAGGCACACCAGGGUGCUUAUGGCAAAGGUGACAGUCGAACCCUCCACGAGAGCAAUCAUAACAGUAACCACUUAGGCAACCACGGGGAGGGAGUGAGACUGACCAAAGAACUGCUGGAUGAUCUGAAUAAGAGAAACAAUAUUCUCGGUGAGGAUAGCGAAGAAGAGGGGGACCAUGACAACCAGAAUUUCCUGAUCUACGUGAAGAAAAGGAUUGAGCAGAAGAAGGAGGAGGAAAGGAGGGAGAAAAGGGCGGAGAGGAGCAGAAGGUUAGGAAGGAAGACCGGCGGGAGGAUACGCAGGAGAGUGAGCAGGAAGAUAACAGACGGCCAGACAGAUGGCCAUUGGGGGGAAGGCUACGUUGGGGAACCCGAGAGCAUCCCUCCCGGGCAUCCCAAAAGUGCAAACCAUAUAAAAAACCCCAGUGAUGGCACCUACGUGAACGAAAUUAUCGGGCAAUACGACACAGAAGAGAAUCCAAACGAGUAUCUGGAAAAUCCUCCGAAUGCAUCUGGUUACGGAGUAUCGCCCCCAAGUGGCGACUACAAUGAUGAUACCAAGGGGACAAGUAACGGGAACGGAGAGAAUUACAACCGGCUAGAAACAUACAAAACUAUCGAAGAUAGUAGCUCCCUGUUUAGUGAUGAAUCAACCAAGGCAUACGUCAAUAGGAAGAAUCAUGUUGAAUUUAAUAUGUGUGAAAAUCCUUGUGACAUUUGGUACGGGUUGAGAAAGAGGAAUGGUAAACGAAUUUUCAUUAGCAGUUUGGGUGUGAAUGGUAAAAAUAAUAAAAACAAAGGAAGGAAUAGCCGGAGCGGUAAUGCGAAGAAUGGUACUAGUAGGGGUGGUCACGUUUGGAGUGCCAAGGGGCGAAGCGACCUAAUGAGGAGCUCCAAGAGGAGUGGGAAUGUUGUUGGCGUCGUUAGCAGCGGCACUCUCAAUCUGACUGGCAUUGUUAAUGGAAAGAAUACGAAUAAUAAGAAGGACAAAUCCAAGAAUGUAGAAAGAUACUACAUAAGCAAGAAGAAAGCAAGCAACGGUACUUUGGCCAAGCUGAGUCGAGAGAAACCCAAGAGAAAAAAGAGCCCCAAGAGCAACAUCAGAUAUGUUAAGUACAGCGCUGAGUGGAGCUCCAGUUACUGCUCCAACGUAAUAAAUAGCAAUGAUGGAAACCUCUCUGACAACACCAUUGCGACAAUGCAUAUCGAUGGAAAUUGCAAAUAUAAUGAAGACAGCAACGAGUACAGAAGUGGCAAAGGUAAUAAUAAGCACACGUAUAACAACUCCGCUACUUAUAGCGGGAAUAGUAAGAAAGGGCAUAGGAAAAAUGGGAAAAGUAAUAUUUUACUGUUCAAUAAAAUAGAGGGGGGAAAUAAUUUUAUCAUUUCUCGUAAUGAUCAUCAUCAGCUAGCCAAAAAGUCUUCAAAAAAAAAAAGUAAAAAAAAUAUUAUGACCUGGUCAGGUAGAAAUAAUAAUUAUGAAAAAAAACACAGAGUGCAUUUUGCGCCGGCGAAGAGUGGUAACAAAAACAUUUAUUACGAUAACCAGGUUACCAAAAUUAGGAUUAAGGUGGGUGGAUCCCUGGGGCAUUUGAGUGAUGGUAUUGAUAAAGCUGCAGCUAAUACAAGACCUGUGACUGCUGUUAUCAGUCCUUCCGAUGCUGUCGCCAGUACUGGUCAUGGACUCGACCGGAAUGAUCACAGCGACGGAGCUAAUAACAAGGAAGACGAAGAAGUGGGCCGAAGAAGUCACACGCCAAUCGGGGGAAAAAACUGUAGCAUGGAUAUUAGUGCCGAUAACUGUGAGGGUGGUGACAGUUUUCCCCGGGAGGACAACGCAUACGUAGAUGACCCAAUGAAGGGAGAUAGUAACCAUUUAAAAACUCACUCUCAUUCGGUACAUAGCGGACUGAUUAAGAGGAAAGAAAAUAUCUCUAAUGAUACGAACGUAACACCAGAUAAUAAAUAUAAAACAUUAAAUGGAAGUAUCCCUUCCAUAGCCUGUUAUGCCUCCAUGCGACAAGACUAUAACGAAAAUAUUACACCUAGUUGUGAAAAAAAUUACAUCAAGUCAUCCUGUGCGAAUAACGGAGGUGAAUAUCGCGCUGAGGUAAAACCCAGUGUUGACAAUGUGUGCAGUGCAAGUCAACAUAAGGGAGUUGGGUUGCAAGGAUCACAUCAGAGCUGUAAAAAUGGAACGAAAAGAAUGAAUACACAUAAGAAGCACAAAAUAAAUAACCAUAGCAACCACACUUACAAUGUUGUAAGUUCGACAUGCAACCCGUCAGUGAGCAACAAAGAGUAUGAGGGAAACUACAUGUCUUAUGCGUUGGCCCCUGAUGGUGGCGCCCUGUCAACGACUCGCAUUGAAACAGGUGAGUACUAUGGAAGGAACAAGGGAAAGGAUUAUGUCGGCGCAUCCAACUUUUAUCACCAGCAUGGUGGAAAGAACGGGGGGUCCAAUUAUCACACCCAUGGGAACAUCCACAAACCAUUUGACAUCAUCAAGGAGGAGACAUUUAUCGUGACGGAGAGUAGAGAAAAAAUAAUUUCCCCGGACAUUACCUACACGGGUGAGCAAAACCGGAAAUACAAAAAUUACUACUACAACAAUGCCAAGUUUGACUUGUCUUAUGAAAUUGAAGAUGACGUGAGGAAGCGGAAGAAAAAAAAGUGGAGCGCCAACAACAGCGGCAACAAUGGAAACGGAAACUGCGGUCAUGGUGGCGCCCCCUUUGGUAACAAAUCUUUUAAGAGCGCCAGAGAGAGGGUACAGUCUUUACUAGCCAAGCGUAGGGGCGUGGACUUCUGA